UAGAGGUUACAAGCUAGAUUGUCACCUAGCUAACAAGAGGUCUGUUGUUGUUUGUUUUUAUCUCUACUCCGUCUUUAUUUGUCCCUCCUAUACACGCGUAAGUGAUACUCGGUUAUUGUUAUUUAUUAGCGACAAUAUUAUUCACAGCGUAAUGUUGUGUUGCCACGAGGAAAUUGUUAGCUAGCUAGCCUGCUAGCCCUGAAAAAGGGCACAGGCGUGUGUCUCCAAAAGUGUCAGCUGAAGGACGAGUUCAGAGUUUGUUCGCGAUGACGUCAGCCGGCCUGGUUCGCGUAUUCGGUGUCCGUACGGCAGGGGCCUGGCGCCUCCGAAGACAUGUCGGCUCCACACGGCUGCAGAGCACCAUGUCCGCCUGGGUCCUCGAUCAGUUCGGCACCAAUGAAGUCCUCCGGUUCUCUGAGGACACCCCCGUCCCCACGAUCACGUCCUCCAGCCAAGUGAUGGUCAAAGUCCACGCCACCAGUCUCAACCCUUUGGAUGUAGCCAUGAGGGGAGGGUAUGGCGCUAAGCUGCUCAAGCUACGAAGGGACCCAUUUUCUCUGAUGGACAACGGCAGUGAAUUUCCUGUGAUCCUGGGUCGGGAUGUGUCUGGUGUGGUUGUGGACUGUGGCGCUGCGGUUGCCCACUUUUCUCCAGGAGAUGAGGUCUGGGCUGCUGUGCCGCCAUGGAAACAAGGCAGUCUGGCAGAAUACGUCAAUCUAACAGAAUUUGAGGUUUCCCAUAAACCCAAAUGCGUGAGUCACGAGGAGGCAGCGUCCAUCCCUUAUGUCGCCGGCACUGUUUUGUCUGCACUUGUCAACGCAGGUGGUCUUUGCAGAGAAAGCUCCUCAAAUAAAAGAGUUUUGAUCGCUGGAGGAUCAGGAGGUGUCGGAACGUUUGCUAUUCAGUUGGCAAAGGCCCGGGGUGCUCAUGUUACGGUCACUUGCUCUCACAAUGCAGAAGGCCUCGUUAGAGGGCUGGGGGCCGACGAGGUGGUGGACUACGCCGCAGAAGAUGCGGCAGACCGACUAGAAAUGAUGGAGAGAUUCGACCUGGUUUUGGACGGCGUGGGUGGCUAUACAGAGGAGUGGAUGGUGGGCCUGCUGAAGCCCUGGUCCGGGGCUAAAUACGUCACCCUGGUGACCCCUUUACUCAACCAAACGGACUCCCUCGGCCUGCUGGAUGGGCUCGUUCACGCCGGAUCCAGCCUGCACACGAAGGCCUUAGAGAGUCUCAUAUCCAAUGGCGUCUUCUACCGUUGGGGAUUCUACGCUCCAGACGGGCCGGCCCUGGAUGAGGUCAGCGAGCUGGUGGAUGCUGGGAAGAUCAUACCAGUGGUGGAGGCCACCUUCCCAUUCAGCCAGGUUCCCCAGGCUUUCCAGAAGUUGGAACACGGCCACGCCAGAGGCAAGACGGUGGUCAGCGUGAUUGGCGACCACGAGAGCGGGGAGGAAGAAAUGGUCCAGGACGGUCGCCCUGAGGCGGCGGCGGCGGCGCGGCAGAGGGCGACGCACAACUAACGACAGGGAAUGAUGCUGCGCUCUUUUAUCUUUUGGAGCAAAGGAUGAAAAAGUGGGACCGGAUCCUGCCACAUCAUCAAGUAUUCUUGAAGACUUGACAAGUUUUCACACCCAUAUGAUGUUGCUGUAGCAACCGGCAGCAGUCUCCAGGCAACCUUUCAGGUCAGAUUACAAGCAAGUCUUUUGCUCAUUUACGCAUUGCAACAGGGUGAACUGGUAAAUUCCGCUCUGGAGCAGAAACAGCUUUAUUGCAUUUUGCAGUGACAUCAUCCCCUCAAAGCACUUUGCAGGCGUCCAAUUGUGUUACCGGAGUUGGGUUAUAUUUACACAAUAUUUGGGAGUUGCUAAUAUGUUGUGAUUCAUGGUGAGGGACAUUUUAUUGAAAUCCAAAAGUGUUUAGGGAGCAACAACAUUGUGCACAGUACAGGCCAAAAGUUUGGACACACCUUCUCAUUCAAUGCGUUUUCUUUAUUUCCAUGACUAUUUACAUUGUAGAUUGUCACUGAAGGCAUCAAAACUAUGAAUGAACACAUGUGGAGUUAUGUACUUAACUGGAAACAUGUUUUGUAUUCUAGUUUCUUCAAAAUAGCCACCCUUUGCACACUCUUGGCAUUCUCUCGGUGAGCUUCAAGAGGCAGUCACCUUUGAAAUGGUUUUCACUUCACAGGUGUGCUUGAAGCUCAUGGAGAGAAUGCCAAGAGUGUGCAAAGCGGUAAUCGGAGCAAAGGGUGGCUAUUUUGAAGAAACUAGAAUAUAAAACAUGUUUUCAGUUAUGUACCGUAUUUUUCGGACUAUAAGUCGCUCCGGAGUAUAAGUCGCACAGGCCAGAAAUUCAUAAUAAAGAAGGAAAAAAACAUAUAAGUCGCACUGGAGUAUAAGUCGCAUUUUUGGGGGAAAUUUAUUUGAUAAAAGCCAACACCAAGAAUAGACAUUUGAAAGGCAAUUUAAAAUAAAUAAAGAAUAGUGAACAACAGGCUGAAUAAGUGUACGUUAUAUGAGGCAUAAAUAACCAACUGAGAACGUGCCUGGUAUGUUAACGUAACAUAUUAUGGUAAGAGUCAUUCAAAUAACUAUAACAUAUAGAACAUGCUAUACGUUUACCAAACAAUAUGUCACUCCUAAUCGCUAAAUCCCAUGAAAUUUUAUACGUCUAGUCCAGUGGUUCUUAACCUUGUUGGAGGUACCGAACCCCACCAGUUUCAUAUGCGCAUUCACCGAACCCUUCUUUAGUGAAAAAUAAAAUGGUUUUUUUUUUCAAAUUCAAGACAAAGUUAUGUUUUUGGUAACACUUAAGUAUGGGGAACAUAUUCUAAGUAAUAAAGACUUAAUUUAGAGUUAUUUGGACACUAGGGGAACAUAUUCUAAGUAAUAAAGACUUAAUUUAGAGUUAUUUGGUUAGGGUUCGGGUUAGGUUAGGGUUAGAGGGUUAGGGCCAGGGUUAGAGGGUUAGAGUUAUAAUAAGGCCAUGCCGAAUAAGAAAUGAAUAAGUACUUAACAAUGACUAGUUAAGAGGCUAUAUGUCACUAAUUUGCAUGUUAAUAAGCAACUAAUUGAUGGUGAAUAUGUUCCCCAUACUAAAGUGUUACCAUGUUUUUUUACUGGUGCACAAAAUGAACCGUGCAUGAACAUCACCUUGUUCAAACAACAAAACCAACACAGUGCAUAAACUCACAACAAAUUACACACCUGCAAAUCAGUCUGACUUCUGCUGUUGCCGUAUCCGUAAUACGCAGAUAGGGAGAAGUUUGUAUUUACACGAUGAGUCGGGUGUGUUUUGACCUCCGCCGAACCCCUGAGCCCGACUCACCGAACCCCUAGGGUUCCAUCGAACCCAGGUUAAGAACCACUGGUUUAGUCUCUUACGUGAAUGAGCUAAAUAAUAUUAUUUGAUAUUUUACGGCAAUGUGUUAAUAAUUUCACACAUAAGUCGCUCCUGAGUAUAAGUUGCACCCCCGGCCAAACUAUGAAACAUACUGCGACUUGUAGUCCGAAAAGUACGGUACCUAACGAAAAAAAGGUGAAAUAACUGAAAACAUGUUUUAUAUUCUAGUUUCUUCAAAAUAGCCACCCUUUGCUCUGAUUACUGCUUUGCACACUCUUGGCAUUCUCUCCAUGAGCUUCACGCACACCUGUGAAGUGAAAACCAUUUCAGGUAAUUACCUCUUGAAGCUCAUCGAGAGAAUGCCAAGAGUGUGCAAAGGGUGGCUAUUUUGAAGAAACUAGAAUAUACAAAACAUGUUUUCAGUUAUGUACUUAACACAAAAAAAGGUGAAAUAACUGAAAACAGGUUUUAUAUUCUAGUUUCUUCAAAAUAGCCACCCUUUGCUCUGAUUACUGCUCUGCACACUCUUAGCAUUCUCUUGAUGAGCUUCAAGCACACCUGUGACGCGAAAACCAUUUCAGGUGUCUACCUCUUCAAGCUCAUCGAGAGAAUGCCAAGAGUGUGCAAAGGGUGGCUAUUUUGAAGAAACUACAAUAUAAAACAUGUUUUCAGUUAUGUACUUAACAAAAAAAGGUGAAAUAACUGAAAACAUGUUUUAUAUUCUAGUUUCUUCAAAACAGCCACCCUUUGCUCUGAUUACUGCUUUGCACACUCUUGGCAUUCUCUCGAUGAGCUUCAAGCACACCUGCGAAGUGAAAUCCAUUUCAGGUGACUGCCUCCUGAAGCUCACCGAGAGAAUGCCAAGAGUGUGCCAAGGGUGGCUAUUUUGAAGAAACUAGAAUAUAAAACAUGUUUUCAGUUAUGUACCGGUACUUUAACAAAAAGGUGAAAUAACUGAAAACAUGUUUUGUAUCCUAGUUUCUUCAAAAUAGCCACCCUUUGCGCUGAUUACUGCUUUGCACACUCUUGGCAUUCUCUCCAUGAGCUUCAAGCACACCUGUGAAGUGAAAAGCAUUUCAGGUGACUACCUCUUGAAGCUCACCGAGAGAAUGCCAAGAGUGUGCCAAGGGUGGCUAUUUUGAAGAAACUAGAAUAUAAAACAUGUUUUCAGUUAUGUACUUAACAAAAAAAGGUGAAAUAACUGAAAUUAUGUUUUAUAUCUAGUUUCUUCAAAACAGCCACCCUUUGCUCUGAUUACUGCUUUGCACACUCUUGGCAUUCUCUCCAUGAGCUUCAAGCACACCUGUGAAGUGAAAACCAUUUCAGGUGACUACCUCUUUAAGCUCAUCGAGAGAAGGCCAAGAGUGUGCAAAGGUUGGCUAUUUUAAAGAAACUAGAAUAUGAAACAUGUUUUCAGUUAUGUACUUAACACAAAAAAAGGUGAAAUAACUGAAAACAUGUUUUAUAUUCUAGUUUCUUCGAAAUAGCCACCCUUUGCACACUCUUGGCAUUCUCUUGAUGAGCUUCAAGCACACCUGUGACGCAAAAACCAUUUCAGGUGACUACCUCUUGAAGCUCAUGGAGAGAAUGCCAAGAGUGUGCAAAGCAGUAGUCCGAGCAAAAAUGAAAAUAAAGAAAACGCAUUGAAUGAGGAGAAGGUGUAUCCAAACGUUUGGCCUGUACUGUGUAUAUGCUUUCACUUUUCAUUCAGAUGUAAAAUCUGCACCAAUUAAAAACAUACAAAGCUAAGUAGAGGAUUGGUUUUAUUGCUGAAUGAAAGGAAAAAAAAUAACAUUUGAAUAUGAACACAUGCAACAUGUUAACACUGUUUAAGUUAAUGACAAAACAGGCAAACUCCAUUUAUUUACUGAAAAGGCAUAGAUAUAAAACCUAUUACUGGAAGCGUCAAUCAGGUUCUUUUUCAUUCAAGUCCAAACCUCGUUCGUACGUUAAGUGGGCGCUAAUACAAUCUCAAGAGUUCACUUCACUCAUCCACGGAAAGGAGUUGUGGUAAAGGUGCAUGUAGUCCUUGAACACUUGCACGUCGUAGCAGCUGCACAAAAGAGCCUCUUGCAAGCCGUGUUUAAAUAACCUCCACAUCCCACGUCUGGUGGAGCUUAUUUGGAUCCAGGGUGUUGAGAAUCACUUGGUUUUUGUCGUAAUGAUUCCCCCCUGUAAAACACAGAUGGGUUACUAUCGCUUUAAAGUCAUGUGUGCAACAUUUAUGUGCACAAUAUUGUGCAAAAGUAUCCAACAACCAUUAUUAAUAAAUGCAUCAUUGUCUAAUUUGAAGUUAGACUUAGUAUGAGAAGUGUUAGGCAGAGCUACAACGCCAUCUAGUGUACGGAGUUGGCCACAUCGCACAGCUUCACCACUUUGUGGAAUAUUUCAAGCAUAUUCUACGACAUAGUUUCCCUCAAUUAAGCAUUUUCAAGCAUAACAAUGGCUAAAUUAACUAAAAACAUAUCAAUACGACAGUAGUAUUGGCUACUAGAGGAGACCGAAUCAAUCAGAUCGCGCUGUUCAGUUUCGUGGCCACUGAUUGGCUCAGCAUUAAUAUAAUGGAAUAAGAGUGUAAAUGUUAUUUCAUGUCUAAAGGUCUCUCAUAACGUUAUUUAUAAGGUCAUUAUCCGUUUUUUUAUGACCAAGCUAUGCAAAUGUUUGAUUUAAUCAGUCAAUUAACCGGGACAAACCGGGGACAACUAAAAAAUUAAUAUAUACAGUAAAGGCCAAAAGUUUGGACACUGUGUUUUCUUCAUUUUCAUGACUAUUUACAUUGUAGAUUGUCACUGAAGCCAUCAAAACUAUGAAUGAACACAUGUGGAGUUAUGUACUUAACAAAAAAAAAAGGUGAAAUCACUGAAAACAUGUUUUAUAUUCUAGUUUCUUCAAAAUAGCCACCCUUUGCUCUGAUUACAGAAUGCACACUCUUGGCAUUCUCUCCAUGAGCUUCAAUAGGUAGUCAUUUGAAAGGGUUUCCACUUCACAGGUGUUGUAGGUGUUUUUUUUAUCUAACAAAUUGUUCUUAGGGUAAUUUGUAUUUGCUUUUUCAAUGUUUAUUUUACUUCUGUUUUAAAUGUUAUUUUUUAGUCUGUCCUUUGCCUCUAUUUAUCUGUGGCGUAUAGCCCUUUGUUCUUCCACUGUGGGUGUUUUUAAAGGUCUGUAUAAAUAAAGUUGGUAUAGUAUGGUAGUUGUGAUGCCUUCAGUGACAAUCUACAAUGUAAAUAGUCAUGAAAAUAAAGAAAACGCAUUGAAAUGAGAAGGUGUGUCCAAACUUUUGGCCUGUAUAUUUGUGUGGUGGUCUAUAUUUAAUUGUGAGCCUUCAAAAAUAAAUGAAUGUUAUAUCAGCCCUUUGAGACACUCGUGAUUUAGGGCUAUAUAAGUAAACAUGGAUUGAUUGAUUUCGUUAUAAGGGAAGUAAUGAUAAACGGUAUUAUUUAUAACCGCGGUAAAACUCCCGAAGGUUGGUAUUGCCGUUUUAAAUUAAAAUAACCGAAAAACCAUGACUGAUAACUGUUCUUUGAUUAACUCAUGGAUUGACUGGUGACAGCUUGCUGGCUUAACUUUUUAAAAACUUUUAAAGCACAAUACAUAUUAGUGAACACACACGUACAGUACAGGCCCAAAGUUUGGACACACCUUCUCAUUUCAAUGCGUUUUCUUUAUUUUUGUGACUAUUUACAUUGUAGAUUGUCACUGAAGGCAUCAAAACUAUGA